AUGACGCCUAAGUAUAUCCGAUUUCCCGUCACAGACGUGGAGUGUUUGGCGGCCAUGGCGACGUUCAACGAUCAACCAAUUCCAAAUUGUGUUGGCACCAUAGAUGGCAGUCACAUAAGGAUCAUUCGUCCCCAUAAUUACAGUACUGACUACUAUAAUUUGAAAGGCUAUUAUUCUGUUUUGUUACAAGCCGUCUGUGACGGGAACUGCAAAUUUUUAAGUCUGAGCUGUGGACACCCAGGAUCGAUACAUGACGCGACGAUGAUGCGAAUAUCCGGGUUUACGGGCAAGUCCUUGCAAAGAUGUAAGCUAAUGUUUUAGCUUACAAACCUUACUAAUGAGUGUUUUUUUUUAAAGAAAUCUGACAUUCAUGUUGUUACUUACAUUGAAUUUGAACAAGUGCUGCUCACUAUUUAGUAAAUUCUCUGCAGAUUUGUUUUUCCAUUUUUACCCAAAAAUAAAUACAACUUUUUUCACUGUUGAAACAUACACCAGUUUUAGUAUAAGGUAGUUAUUUCUGCCUUUCAAUAAGCACUGUAGUCUGCAAAUACAGUGUACCCCUGGGGGCACUUUUGAGAAGCUUGGUAGGGGUGUGCUCCUGAAGCUUUCAAACCCUGACGUUGUUUACAUGUAAGUCAAGACCAUUCAGUUUGCUACCCUGUUUAAGACAAGAGACCAUUUUCAUACUCCCUUUUCAUUUCAUUUUGAGUGUUCAGGCCAGACCUUAGAUAUCACGUCCUCCUCGAUCCUUGCAGGAGAAGACAACAUGUUAAGAGAAGACUCGGGGAGGCCAUCAACAUAUUUUGUUGGUCUCAUGCAUUGAACAGGGACAGUAGUUACAAGUUAAAACCCGGGCCAUUUUUUUUGGAAAUCCGUUGCAGUGUCCCCUCCCCCACUCUAUACAGUAUUGAUAGUUAAGAAAAAUUGUGAAUACAUGGGUUCAACAUUGUUUGUGGGGUAGGGGGAAGAGAUGGACGCAUGAUUGUGUAAUUUUAAAAAUUUCUACAAAUACAAGAAUGUUCGGGGACUUUCGUCCAUGAUUGUAGGUCCAUUUAUGGUACAUGUUCUGGCAAUCUCAAGUGUAGCAUUCGUCUUAAACAUUAGUUUUAUCAGUAAAUUCUCAUUUUUUGUGUCUUCUGCUCGUACGUGUAACUCUUUUAAAGCACAUAUAUAGGCACUAAACCAUACAUUCUUUUAUACGCAGUCCUGGCCCCGCGGUUGUUCAAAAGCUGGAUAGUGUUAUCCAUGUGAUAAUUUUGAUCACUAUCCAGUGUAUAAGUGUUGUGGAAACCAUUUGAGUUAUCCAAUGGAUUGUGAUUUAUCCGGUGGAUAGCAUUAUCCUCGUUUUGAACAGCUGGGGCCUGAUCGAUUAAGUAACUUAUUGUUGAAGCAUUUUACUCUUAUAGGUGCCUCAACAAAACUUACCAGGGCUUACCACUUGUGAUUCUUGGCGAUAGUGAAUAUACCAAACUUCCAUGGCUGCUUGUUCCAUAUGCUGGAACAAACAUUACCCAAGCUAAUUGGGUCAAUUGA